CCGCUGUGCGUGAAGGGGUAGGAAGGAGAAUCCGCUGGUCGGAGCUCGGCCGGUGAGCAGAGCGUCCGCAGCUGCCUUCCUCUCGUCGGAUCCCCACGGGUAGGACCGCCGCGGGAGCCGCAGCAGCGCCAUGUCGUCGCCCGCCUCCACCCCCAGCCGCAGCCGCGGCAGCAAGCGCGGCCGGGGCAGCAAUCCGUCGACUCCGCAGGAUGCUCGGUCUCCUGCUUCGCAGAAGCGCAGGACCGACGACUCCACCUCCACCGGAGAGCUGCAGCCCAUGCCCACCUCCCCGCCCGCCGACCUGCAGAGCCCCGGCGGACCUGAUGCGCUCUUUUCUAGCCCUCCGCAGUUCCAGCACUCCGGUAUUCCACUUGACUUCGAUAUCAGUUCACCUCUGACAUAUGGCACACCCAGUUCCAGGGUGGAGGGUACCCCACGAAGCGGUAUCCGAGGAACUCCAAUUAGGCAGAGGCCAGAUCUCGGGUCUGUCCGUAAAGCCAGACAAGUCGAUUUACACUCAGAUGGGCCGGCUGAGGAUAUAGCAACUGACCAGUCUCUUGGACAAAAGCUUGUCAUUUGGGGAACAGAUGUUAAUGUAGCCUCGUGCAAAGAAAAAUUCCAGAGAUUUCUUCAGCGCUUCAUUGAUCCAGUAGGUAAAGAGGAUGAAGACAUUGGCUUGGAUCUCAAUGAGCCCCGUUAUAUGCAACGACUUGAAGAGAUUAAUAUGAUUGGGGAACCAUUCCUGAAUGUAAAUUGUGACCAUCUAAAAGCAUUUGAUGAAAACCUUUACAGGCAACUCAUCCGCUACCCUCAGGAAGUUAUCCCAACGUUUGACAUGGCUGCCAAUGAGAUCUUUUUUGAUCGUUACCCUGAUUCAAUAUUAGAACAUCAGAUUCAAGUAAGGCCAUAUAAUGCACUGAAGACUACAAAUAUGAGAAAUCUAAAUCCUGAAGAUAUCGAUCAGCUUAUCACCAUCAGUGGUAUGGUCAUCAGAAGCUCACAGUUAAUUCCUGAGAUGCAAGAAGCAUUCUUUAAAUGCCAGGUUUGCGCUUUCACCACCAGAGUAGAAAUCGAUCGUGGUAGGAUUGCUGAACCAUCAGUAUGCAAGAACUGUAACACAGUGCACAGUAUGGCGCUCAUCCACAAUCGAUCCAUGUUCUCUGACAAACAGAUGGUCAAACUGCAGGAGUCCCCUGAAGAUAUGCCAGCAGGACAGACCCCACAUACAGUUGUCCUAUUUGCUCACAAUGAUCUGGUCGAUAAAGUUCAGCCAGGUGACAGAGUUAAUGUCACAGGUAUCUACAGGGCAGUCCCAAUUCGAGUUAAUCCAAGGAUCAGCACUGUAAAAUCCAUCUAUAAUACGCACAUUGAUGUCAUACACUAUCGCAAAACAGAUUCAAAACGCCUGCAUGGUGUUGAUGAGGAAGCAGAGCAAAAAAUAUUUACAGAGGAACGUGUGGGAAUGCUAAAAGAGCUUUCUAAAAAAAUAGACAUAUAUGACAGACUUUCUUCAGCACUGGCUCCAAGUAUCUACGAGCAUGAAGAUAUCAAAAAGGGCAUUCUGCUUCAGCUUUUUGGGGGAUCAAGAAAGGAUUUCACUCACACAGGAAGAGGCAAUUUUCGUGCAGAGAUCAACAUUCUUCUCUGUGGUGAUCCUGGUACUAGCAAAUCACAGCUACUCCAGUAUGUGUAUAACCUGGUUCCUCGAGGUCAGUAUACAUCUGGCAGAGGCUCAAGUGCUGUUGGUCUUACUGCAUAUGUAAUGAAGGAUCCAGAAACACGGCAACUGGUUCUUCAGACGGGGGCUCUAGUCCUCAGUGACAAUGGCGUUUGCUGCAUUGACGAGUUUGAUAAAAUGAAUGAAAGCACAAGAUCAGUACUGCAUGAAGUAAUGGAACAACAGACUCUCUCCAUUGCAAAGGCUGGAAUUAUUUGCCAACUGAAUGCUCGUACAUCUAUUCUAGCAGCAGCUAACCCUAUAGAAUCACAGUGGAAUCCAAAAAAGACUACUAUUGAAAACAUUCAGCUUCCUCAUACACUGUUGUCAAGAUUUGACUUGAUCUUUUUGAUGUUGGAUCCACGUGAUGAAGCUUAUGACAGACGUCUUGCUCGCCAUUUGAUUUCCCUUUACUACCAAACUGAAGAAAAGAUGGAGGAGGACUACAUGGAUAUGGCAGUAUUGAGGGAUUACAUUGCAUAUGCUCGUAGCUAUGUAAAUCCCAGGUUAAGUGAAGAAGCAGGCCAAACCCUGAUUGAGGCAUACGUGGACAUGAGGAAGAUUGGGAGUGGCAGGGGAAUGGUUUCUGCAUAUCCUCGACAACUUGAGUCUCUGAUCCGACUGGCAGAAGCGCAUGCUAAAGUACGCUUUUCUGAGAAAGUUGAAACAGUUGAUGUAGAAGAAGCAAAACGGCUCCAUCGGGAAGCACUGAAACAAUCUGCUACUGAUCCGAGGACCGGAAUUGUCGACAUAUCCAUUCUCACUACAGGAAUGAGCGCAACAGCUCGUAAGCGGAGAGAGGAGUUGGCUCAAGCCUUAAGGAAGCUUAUCCAGUCAAAGGGUAAAACACCAGCGUUGAAGUACCAACAGCUUUUUGAUGAUCUCCGAGCACAGUCUGAUACAGCUAUCACGAAGGAGAUGUUUGAAGAAGCGCUUCGUGCCUUGGCUGAUGAUGACUUCUUGACUGUGACUGGGAAGACUGUUAGACUGCUUUAAGUUAGCCUUUCCUUGUGCGCUGACUUGUCACAGCUUUUGCUUAAGAUGGUGUCAGUCUGUAAGAUCUUUGAGAUUUGGGACUAUCAUUUGCUAUGACAAGCACAGCUUUUGCUUGCCAGCCAGCUGUCAUGGCUUUACUUUGCCUUACAAUAUUACCUGUCUGCAAGAUUAAGAUUUGGGGCUAGCACUUGCUCUGACAAGUGUAACAAUGAUUAUGGGGCACUUCUGUCAGCGCAAGAUACCUAGCAUAAGGAGGACCUAGAAGGUCAUCAGGUGAAUAACGCUAUUUACAUUUUAGCUCCAUGUAAUUACUAAAUGUGUUGAGUGCUAUGUGUUUUCAUGAGGUUUUGUAGAACAUGCAAACAAGGUUAUAUUUCAA